GAUAUUUUUAUAAACAUAAUUAAACUCCAUUAUUAUUACAGUAGCGUAUAAUAUACAGUACUAAAUACAUAAUUGAUCAAGAAUAUGAUAAAAUUAAUACAUGACCUUUAAAUAAUAUUGAUAUUUCUAUGUAAUUAUAAGUAUUUUAUGUAACUCUAACUAAUUUAUAGAUUUAAUUGUAAAAUAUAGAUAUGAAUCAACAAAUUUAUUAUUAAAAAUAAAUUUUUAAAUAUUAAUAUUAACAUAAUAUAAUAAUGUCCGACUCGAGCGAUGAUGAUGAGUCACCAGGCUACGAUAUUGAUCCUGAACAAAGGGACGAGGCGAUUUUAUGCCUCGUUAAGUUACAUAGCAUUUUAGCAAUUGGUAGAGAGCAACAUGAUAUCAAGUUGGCACAAGAAAGGAGCUUGUUGGAUCAAAGUUAUGAUGACUCAGGGAUUGCCACCGGGGACAAUUCAAUAUUUCAAGUUUAA